ACUUUAUCCUAUUUACUUAAAGCGAAGAGUCGGAGUUCUCUUCUUAAACAGGCUCCACGGCAAACCGCCACAAACCCAAGUUUACUUCCUUCCGUGAAGCCUUGAUACACUACCAUCUCCCCAAAUUAAGCUUGUUCCACUCAAAACCCUAACCCUAACCCUAACCCUAACUUCCACAGAGAAUCGAUUGAUCAAUCAAUCGUUGUUAGGUUCAAUUCAAAGUUCUCAGAACACAAUCAAUCGUUGGUCGUAAAAAUCUAACACCAUGGUGUUGGCAGAGUUGGGGGGGAGCAUUUCUCGUGCUCUCCAGCAGAUGAGCAAUGCUACAAUCAUCGACGAGAAGGUUCUCGCCGAGUGCCUCAACGAGAUCACCCGUGCUCUUCUUCAGGCGGAUGUUCAGUUUAAGCUUGUUCGCGAUAUGACGAACAAUAUUAAAAAGAUCGUCAAUCUCGACGAUCUCGCGGCUGGACACAACAAGCGUAGGAUCAUCCAACAGGCCAUAUUCAAUGAGCUCUGCAAGAUGUUGGAUCCUGGGAAGCCUUCAUUCACCCCAAAGAAAGGGAAAACAAGCGUGGUCAUGUUUGUAGGUUUGCAAGGGUCUGGGAAAACAACAACAUGUACGAAGUAUGCAUUUUACCACCAGAAGAAGGGCUGGAAACCUGCUCUGGUGUGUGCAGAUACAUUCAGAGCUGGUGCUUUUGACCAGUUGAAGCAGAAUGCCACUAAAGCCAAAAUUCCAUUUUAUGGGAGCUACAUGGAGUCAGAUCCUGUGAAAAUUGCAGUGGAAGGUGUAGAAAGAUUCAAGAAAGAAAAUUGUGAUCUUAUCAUUGUUGACACAAGUGGGCGUCACAAACAGGAAGCAGCUCUCUUUGAAGAAAUGCGCCAAGUGUCUGAAGCAACGAAACCAGAUCUUGUUAUAUUUGUUAUGGAUAGUAGCAUUGGUCAAGCUGCAUUUGAUCAAGCUCAAGCAUUCAAGCAAAGCGUUGCCGUUGGAGCUGUGAUUGUUACUAAGAUGGAUGGUCAUGCGAAGGGUGGUGGUGCUCUUAGUGCAGUUGCUGCCACAAAAAGUCCUGUCAUAUUUAUUGGAACUGGAGAACAUAUGGAUGAGUUUGAAGUUUUUGAUGUUAAACCAUUUGUCAGCCGUCUUUUAGGCAUGGGUGACUGGUCUGGAUUUAUGGACAAGAUUCAUGAAGUUGUUCCAAUGGAUCAACAGCCCGAGCUUCUGCAAAAGCUUUCCGAAGGAAGCUUCACCUUAAGGAUUAUGUAUGAGCAAUUUCAGAACAUACUCAAAAUGGGUCCUAUUGGCCAGGUUUUUUCAAUGCUUCCAGGAUUUAGUGCAGAGUUAAUGCCAAAAGGCCGUGAAAAAGAAAGUCAGGCGAAGAUCAAACGUUACAUGACCAUGAUGGAUUCGAUGACAGAUAAAGAGUUGGAUAGUCCCACUCCGAAGAUCAUGAAUGACUCAAGAAUCAUGCGGAUAGCAAGAGGGUCUGGCCGUCAAUUGAGGGAAGUGAUGGAAAUGUUGGAAGAAUACAAGCGACUUGCCAAGAUUUGGAGCAAGAUGAAAGGGCUUAAGAUUCCGAAGAAGGGAGAGAUGAGUGCCUUGUCCAGAAAUAUGAAUGCACAACACAUGAGCAAAGUUCUUCCCCCUCAGAUGCUGAAGCAGAUUGGUGGCAUGGGUGGCUUGCAAACCUUGAUGAAGCAAAUGGGUUCUGGGAAGGACAUGAUGGGCAUGUUUGGAGGUGGGGAUAAGUAGUAUUUUUUUAGCUGACAAGAAGUUGCAAAUGGCAAGCUUAGUUCAUUAUUGUAUGCGACCCCAAACAGACCCUACCCGGUGGAAUGAAAAAAUGAUCCAACCUCCAAACUUGAUUCAUUGCUGACCACUAUUUUGCUAGUAGGUUUUUUCUUUCCCCGAAGACUCGGAGAACCAUUGUAUUUGCUUCUUUUUUUGGCUUUGUCCAAUACCUAAUGUUCUCUUGUAAGUUUUUUGGUAGCUAUAUUAUGUGAUUGGGUGAUAUCAAUAAAAUUGAAGGGCAAG